AUGUCGUUGCUCGUGUCGCCUGAUGUCACCUAUCCAGAGUCGGCCCCGCUCUUACGAACAGUCUCCCAUCCCGAUGGUGGCGAGCACCCCCAGCAAGAACAACCCUCUUUCUUCGAGAGAGUCGCCGCAGUGGUACAGGAGCCGCUAUCUCCGUUGACCCAGAUUCUACUCGUCGCGACCAUCAUCUUCCUUCUCCUGAGCUCAGUCUUCAUCGGCUUGUUCGCCGGAGCGCAGCACAAGCUCAACGCAGGAAAGGGAGGAGGCACCACCACUAUCGUCGUUACUGCUACAAGCACCGCAGUAUCCACCGCAACAACGACCGCCGUAUCCACUACUACCGUCGCAGUGCCCGCCCCAGGCCCUACCUCUCCGCCAGCUGAGCCUGUCUGUCUUUCACCGUCAUGCAUCAACCUCGCGUCCUCCGUGCUCUCGUCCCUUGAUGAGUCUCAGGACCCGUGCGAGAACUUCUACGAUUUCGCCAAUGGUGGGUGGCUCAAGGCGCACCCCAUUCCAUCGGACAAAGGAAGCUUCGGCAACUUUGAAGCUCUCGCCCAACAGAACAGGCGCAUCCUCCAGCAAAUCCUGUCCGAGGAUGCUUCUACUCGGUUCUCUGAAGUCUCUGCCCUCGCGUCUACCGACUAUGAUGAGCAGAUUCUGAAGAAAAUCCGCGGGCUCUACGCUUCCUGCUUGAACGAGGAUAGACUCAACGACAUUGGAGAGAAGCCGCUCCAGGAAAUCGCAGACAAGAUUCGUAGCACCUUCCGUGGCAAGUCUACUGUCAUCGACAAGCUUUCGGACGACGACCACGCACAGAGGGCCAGGUUGACCGCUACAGUCGCCUUCCUCCAUUCACGUGCCAUUGACUCGCUCUUCUCGUACGAAAUUGACGGAGAUGCUGGGAACGACCCCAAUUUCAUGACGCUCUGGAUCAGCCAACCGGAUCUGGGCCUGCCCUCCAAGGAAUACUACGAGGAAGAGUCGAUUGUUGACCUCUACGAGUCUGUCCUGGAGCGCUUGCUCCUCACGCUCGAUGACGAAGAUGAGGAGCUUCUGGCGUCAGCGCAGCCUUCUAAGUUUGUCGUUCACGAAGAGCGCCUCAGGGUGUGGCCUCCCUGGCCUUGGCCGCCGUGGGGCGAUGAUGAUGACGGGAAAGGCGAGCCCGUUAACCGCACUGAACGCGCACACAAGCUUGCGAAGGAGGUGAUCGAGUUCGAGAAGAAGAUCGCCAACGUCAGCCUAGACCUUGAUGUUCUGUUCCAAGACCCUCUCGCCACGUACAACCCGGUACCGUUCAAGAACGUCAGCGAGCAGCUCCCGCAGUUCGACUUCUCGACGUACUUCUCCGUUUUCGCCCCGCGCAACUUCCCGGAGACGAUCAUUCUCACAUCUACGACGUACCUGUCUUCGCUUUCGGCCAUUCUGGACGACACUGACAAGGACACGCUCGAGGCGUACUUCAUCACCCGCGCAGGGCUUGCGUACGCGUCUUACCUCGGACUGGACACGGAGGCGUGGAAGGCCACUCGCAGCCUCGAGGAGGUCUUGAGGGGUAUCAAGAAGGGUGCAGUGGGCGACCGCGCGGAAUACUGUGUCGCUCGCGUUGAGAGCGCCAUGGGCUUCGCGGCCGGCCGGUACUUCGUUAACGAGACCUUCGGCGGGGCCUCCAAGGAGAAGGGAACCAAGGUUAUCACCGACAUCGUCGAAUCCUUCAAAGAGUCCUUGACACACCUCGAGUGGAUGGACAAGGAAAGCGCGGAUGCUGCCGCAGAGAAGGCGGCCGCCAUUCGCGUCAAAGUCGGGUACCCGAUUUCGCCGGACACGCUCGACCCGCGGUCCCUCGCGAACUACUACGCCCGCGUGAAGAUCAACGAAGACACGUUCUUCGAGAACAUGCUCAGCGCAAGGGUCGCCGACGAGAUCCGCCGAUGGUUCACCCUCGGGAAGCAGCGCGACCUGGAGUCCUGGGAGAUGUACCCCUCGAUGGUCAACGCUUACUUCAACCCGCCUGCGAACGAGAUUGUGUUCCCUGCCGGUAUCCUCCAGCCACCUUUCUUCUCACAGGACUGGCCCGGGUACAUGUCGUACGGCUCGUUCGGGCAGGUUGCGGCGCAUGAGCUUACGCAUGCGUUCGAUUCUGCUGGACGUCUAUACAAUCAGAAUGGCAAGUUGGAGCAGUGGUGGACGAACAAGACCAGCGAAGGCUUCAACGAGAGGCAGAAGUGCAUCGUCGAUCAGUAUUCGAACUACACCAUCGACGAUGGCAAAGGUGGCACGAUCCAUGUCAACGGAAACUUGACAUCGGGAGAGAAUAUCGGAGACAGCGGGAUCAUCCAGGCAUACCGCGCCUGGAAGGCACAAUAUGAGGACGGUGUGGACAGCGGUACUGAGUUCCUGCUCCCAGGGCUGAACUACACUCGCGACCAACUGUUCUUCGUCUCCUUUGCACGCGCUUGGGCGCAGAACAUCAAGCCCGAGUCCGCUGUUGCUCGUGUACGUACGGACCCACACUCUCCCAACCGGUACCGCGUUGAGGGCACUGUGUCUAACCUACCCGAGUUCGCGAAGGCGUUCAACUGCUCGGCGAAAGCUAGGCUGAAUCCGCCGCAGGAGAAGAGGUGUAUCUUCUGGUAG